CAGCCCAUGGAAAAUCUUUGAUCUGAGUCCCUCAGCUGACGUGGAGUCAGAGGAGUGAGGAGGUCAUCUUCAGAGUGUCUUAACUGGCUCUUUUCCCCCCAGGACAGAAAAGUGAUGGUCACUUUUCUCCCAGUAGACAUGCAGCUGGGCUUUGUCUCUCCAGCAGUCCCAUGCCCUCCAGAGGCCCAUGUCACUCUAAACCAGGGAGUGUGGCCUUUAUCUGGGCUCUGUUUCCUCCCUGGGGAGCACCAGGUCUUGGAGCAAUAGAACUCAGGCUCUCCCCAUGGCAGUCUUAUUCCUCCUUCUGUUGUUCCUAUGUGGAACCCCCCAGGCUGCUGCAGGUAAGGAGCAAGAGUUGGGGGAUUCUUCAGCUAUUGGCUAGGUUGGGGAGGGACUGCUGUUCUUUCUCCUAGAGGCCCGGGGAAGGCAUCUGACUCAAGAAGAUAGAUUGACCACAGCUGACCCCCCCCUACCUUGGAUACUGGGGAAGACCCGGAGGCAAUGAGGGUCCAGGUCAUGCACAAUUUCCUUUAGAAAGUAAGACCAGAUGAGUAAAUGCUUCCAGAAAAGGAGAAAUGAGAGGAAGAGAUACGAGCAUUUGCCAACUAUUCCAGCCUUUUCCCUCUUGCUCUCAGAUCUCCUCACUGGCUGGGAGAGAGAGAGGAAAGCCUAUUCAUUAUGCUCUUCUCUCUACUUCUUUUUGUUUUGGUAGCUGUCACUUCAGAAAUAUGCUCAACAGCCAGGCUAGUGCUGGAAGGGGAGGAAGCCAGAGGUUGAAGGUCAAGUGGGGGAUUACUGAUCUGAUGGAGCCUAUUAACUCACAUGACCCUCAUCCCACAGACAACAUCUGGGCCAUCUAUGUGGCCUUGGGAGAGGCAAUGGAGCUGCCAUGUCCGUCACCACCCACUCUACAUGGGGACGAACUCCUGUCUUGGUUCCACAGCCCUGUAGCAGGUUCCUUCACCACCUUGGUGGCCCAAGUCCAUGUGGCCAGCCCAGCUCCAGACCCUGGGAAACCUAGAAGGGAAUCCAGGCUCAAAUUGCUGGGAAACUAUUCUUUGUGGCUGGAGGGGUCCAAGGAGGGAGAUGCCGGGAGGUACUGGUGUGCAGUGCUGGGUCAGCACCACGACUACCAGAACUGGAGGGUAUAUGACGUCUCUGUGCUCAGAGGUGAGUGGGGGCAUGCAGACCAGGGCAGCCACUGGGGCCUGGGAAGUCCAGGCAGAGAACUGAGGGGUCCCUCUCUUCCCACAGGAUCCCAGUUAUCUGCAAGGGCUGCAGACGGAUCCCCCUGCUCUGUCCUCCUGUGCUCUGUGGUCCCCAGCAGACGCCUGGACUCUGUGACCUGGCAGGAGGGGAGGGGUCCUGUGAGGGGCCGUGUUCAGUCCUUCUGGGGUGAUGGGGCUGCCUUGCUCUUGGUGUGUCCUGGGGAGGGGCUUCCUGAGCCCAGGGGCCACAGACCAAGAACCAUCCGCUGCCUCAUGCCUCACAACAAAGGGGUCAGCUUUAGCCUGCCAGCUUCUCCUGCCCUCUGUGCCCCCGCCACGGGCUGGGACGUGCCUUGGAUCCUGCUGCUGCUGCUCACAGUGGGCCAGGGGGUCGCCAUCCUGGCCCUCACCAUCGUGCUCUGGAGUCAGAGGGCCCGGGGGGCUCCAGGCCGAGAUGCCUCAAUUCCUCAGUUCAAGCCCGAAAUCCAGGUCUAUGAGAACAUCCAUUUGGCCCGUCUCAGCCCACCUGCCCACAAGACCAGGUGAUCUCAGUGACAUCUCCUGCCGGGAAGUGUGAUCUGCUGUCUGCCUGGCCAUCUGGCACCCGAAGGAUUCCCUGAAAACCUUGGCAGUGGGGGCACUGAGAGCUUCAUGGUCUGGCCACCACCCCAGGCUGUAUGGGGUGGGGUGGGGGACUGAAGGAAAGGUAGAGCAUUAUUCUGUGAUGUCACCUA